AUGUUCAGGAAGAAGUAUGGUGUAGCUUUCUGCUUGUUUUCGGUAGUUGUUCUGUUUUUAGGGUUAACUACCAACUCGAAGCUAGCUGUAAUUACUUCAUCACAUGACAAAGCUGCUCACUUUAUCGCAUUUGGCGCCGAGACGAUGCUAUUUGUUGCUAUGUUUGAGCCACAGUAUAUAGAUUUACGGGAACUGGCUAGUAAGUUGCAUAUUCUAGGGAAGUGGGUUCCAGAAACUGUCUCAGACAGGCUUCGAGAGGCCUUUCUGGACAGAGAUGCUAGCAUCAGUAAAUACGUUUUAGCGUUUGUCGUGUGCUGUUUAGGAGCCAGCACGCUGAGCGAGUUUGCUCAAUUCUUCCUUUCGGGUGGAAAGAGGUCUUUUGAUGUGUUUGACAUGCUGUGUAAUGCCGCUGGGAGCACGGUUGGGCUUCUGGCGGCGUAUAAGAUGGAGCAUUGA